GGUCCAUAAUAAGGGGUUUGCAUUCUAAAGGUCCUUGAUCUAGAGGGAGUCUACAAACCUAUGCUUUCCGAGGUAGUAGGCAAUUUGCUUCUUUUAAGGUUUCUAGGCUUGAGAUCGACAGUACCAGAUUCAAUCCCAUCGGCUGUCGGAGAGCUACCGUGCCUAGAAACUCUGGAUCUGAAGCACACUAGCGUGACCACCUUACCCGACUCGAUUUGGAAGGCGAAGAACCUCAGGCAUCUGUACCUGAACGAGGUUCACAUUGACGCAUUCUUCCAGAAGCUGACUAAAGGGUCUCUAAGCAGUCUUCAGACACUUAGCGGGCUGCAUGUAGGUAAUGAAAAGGUCGUGACCAGAGGUUUGGAUAGACUGGUUAACCUCAGGAAAUUGGGAGUGAUGUGUCAUGAAAAGUCAGUGAAGGCUAUGUUAAAUUGGGUUUGGCUACUACCUAAUCUUCACUCUCUGAAGUUGAGGUCAAUUGAUGAAUUCGGUAAGUCAUCGAAAAUUGAGUUAGUGUCCCUGGAGAAACAGACCAAGCUCUGCAACUUAUACUUGCUCGGGAAACUAGUGAAUCCAGUGAAUCCAGUAAGCCUGAGCGGGGUACUCCCAUCGUGCCUCAGGAAACUUACAUUGUCGAUGUUGGCACUGGACGAAAAUCCCAUGCCAGUGCUGGGCAAGUUGCCUGAGCUAAGCAUCCCCAGACUCUUUGCUGAUUCAUAUUUGGGAAGUGAAAUGACUUGUGAUGUCGGGGGAUUUCCGAAACUCAGGGUGUUGAAGCUGUGGAUGCUCGACAAACUGAUGAAUUGGACAGUGAAGGAAGGGACGAUGCCCAUCUUACAAGAAGUAGAAAUUAGAGGGUGCGAUCAAUUGAGCAAGAUUAAUGGAAUUGAGCACUUGCAGAGCUUGAAGGAGCUUACCCUGACUAGUAUGCCAGAGAGUUUCACAGAAAAAUUCAAAGGCGGAAUAGAAAGAAAAUUGUACAUCAAAGUAAACUGUUGGAAGCUUUAUCGUCCAGGCAAAUUAGGUGCACGCUGAAGAUGAAGAUGAUGAUGAGGAUGACAGCAAACUAGGUUGAAGAAGAAGAGGACAGUGAAGAAGAGAUGGAGAUGGAAAGAAGAUGACGACAAAACGUGUUGGCCAAAGGUGAACGGAACAAAGUUGAGUUUGUUGUUUGAAUCUGUUUUGUUGUUUUUUAAAGGCUUUUCCAUGUAAAAUUUGCAUGUCUUAUUUUCUAUUCUUUUUUUUUCCUCUUGAAAGUUUCACGUUCCUAACGGCAAGAGUAUGGUGUGAGUGCCGAGUGUGCCAUGGUGAGUUUGAGAGUGUGAGUUUGUUAGUGAAUUAUAUAGAGUGAACUCAAUUGAGUGUGUCUCAUUGUGCUUC